AUGACAUGGAAUGAACAAUCAGAUGGCGAAUCAGAAUUUAAAAAGUUUGUGACUUCGGGUACUUUUGUUGAUAAAUCACUCUUUAUAAUGGAGUUUAUGAUCUAUGGACAACGGGCCAAUCUGAUUACUCGCCCUCGUCGGUUCGGAAAAUCAACCAAUCUUUCGAUGCUUCAUACGUUCCUUUCAGUGGAUUAUCCUCCAUUAAAUUAUAAACCAGACAUAAAAAAAUCGUUGUUUAGUGAAUUAAAAGUUGCUAGAUUCGCGAAGUUGUUCUACCAACAGUGGCCCGUGAUUCACAUUAGCUUCAAGAGUUUUCCCGGUUCUGUAGUAACUAACAAGACUUACUUUACUAGGAUCUUAACAGUAAAUCCUGGGAACAAAUGCGAAAUAAAAAAAAGAAUUUCAGAUCUAUACAAAGAACAUCGAUACCUUAUUAGCAUUCUUCCAGAGGAUGAUAAAAAAGAUUUUGUGAAAAUACUCAAUGGAACAACAGAAGAAUAUUUGUCUAAUGCCAUUUCUAGUUUAGCACGUUAUCUUAACGAGUUCUUUGGCAAGAAUUCCAUUAUUCUAAUCGACGAAUACGAUUGGCCUAUGGAAAAUACAAGAGGAUUUUAUGAUUCAGCUAACGAUUUUUUUAGAGUAAUGUACUCAAGUGUAGCUAAGGAAAAUAGUUACGUGCAUAAGAUCCUGUUUGUUGGGACUCUCUCACUAGAACAAUCAAGCUUUCUUUCCGGAUUAAACAAUGUAGUAACCUAUCCAAUGCAUGAAAGACCAAGCCGUUCUGGCCGUGCUAUUUUCUCUGAUACAUUUGGAUUUACCGAAGAGGAAAUUAAGUCUUUGCUAGAAAGAAAACAUCAAAAUGAAAAACUUAAUGAGCUAUGUCUUUACUAUAAUGGAGCACUAAACGGUUCUGCAACCACACUUGUAGAAUACCUAAAAAAGUGUGGGUCAGGAGUCAAAGAUCGGCUCCAUAAUAUUAUCCAUUCCCACUCCUUCUGUCAGGGUCAAGAUGUGGUUGAGUCUGUAGGUCAAGAUGAGUCUGUAGUAGGUCUAGAUGUGGAAUUAAUGCCAUAUCUCCGAUACAAUGACCUUGAUACGAAGCCAGAGAUAAACGCAUUAUGUACUUUAUUAUACUAUAGUGGUUACUUGACUAUGGCUCCAGGAGAGGUAGCAUGCCAAUGGAUUUUGUGGAUUUUUGAGAUUAUGGGUAUGAAUUAUGCGAAAACAAACGAAAUCUACGAAUCAUUGUUUAAAAAAGAUAUUGCUACAUUUUGUAACAAAUUUCCACCGCUUUAUAUGGAGUUGAUAUCUUGCUUUGAUAUUGGUGAUCUCAAAAGAUGUAGGUUAUAUGAAACUUGGUACCAUAUAUUUGUUCUCGGAGCACUUGCUAUGUACCAUGGCGUUGAAUACCGGGUUGAAGUUGGGGUUGGCCGUCCAGAUGUCCGAAUCAUUCCAAUUGUCCAAAAUAAAACCGUUAGCAUAACGUAUGUAUUUAAGCGUGCUGAAAAUGAUGACUCCGAUAUAAUGAAAGGUGCCACCACAGAUGCGCUAGAUCAAAUUUUUGUCAAGGGUUACCGGAUGAGUCUUCCGGAUCAUGUCAAGGAAAUAGUUGAAGUUGGCAUUGCCUUCUGUGAUAAAAUAGCUUUUGUCUCAGGCAGUUGCCCAAAACGUACGAAAGAAGGACUUACAACGUAUGAAGAUUGGGAAGUUGUUAGUGAAUGGGAAACUGGAAAGAUGGAAUAA